AAUGUCUAACCGGGCUCGUCUCCUCUCCACCCCUGCCAAAGUCAACCUGCUGGUCUUGGUGGUUUCUGCAGUGUUUUCGUGGUCGAGCCUGAGCGACAGAGUUCCCGAGUUUGCCCUUACAAAAAUAGAAGAGAGCGACAUAAAAGAUGACAGCGGGAAAGAGCCGGUAACAGAAGAUGAUGCUGAUCCUGAAGACCUGGAAGUGUUUUACCCCACACAUCAGUGGCAAACCAUCCGUCCAGGUCAAGCCGUUCCUGCAGGGUCACACGUACGAUUAAAUCUGCAGACGGGACAUCGAGAAGCCAAGCUCCCAGACAGCGAAAGUGGAGAAAGUGCUGCAAGAGAAGAGAGAAGAAGAAAAAGGCUGGGCAAGGUGGAUGUUGACGCAAAUUCCUUCACAUCCCAGGAGCUCAAAAAGGCGUUGGCUAAAAUGAAGGAAAGCGAGAAGGCAGAAAGAAAGGCCCACGAAGAAGGGGUGAGGAAGAAGUUCCGGCCCAUAGAGCAGCUGAAGGAGGAGUUUGAAAAGCUGAACAUGAAGAUGGAAACAGAUUAUGAAAUUAUGGUUAAAUUAAUCAGCAAAUUCAACAGCUCUGCCUCCACGCUGGAUGAAAAAGUAGCGGCGCUUUAUGAUCUUGAAUAUUAUGUUCACCAGGUGGACAACGCUAAGGACUUCCUCUCCAUGGGUGGACUCCAGCUGGUGAUCGACGGGCUGAACAGCACCGAGGCCGCGCUGAAGGAGCAUGCUGCCUUCGUCCUGGGAGCCGCGCUCUCCAGCAACCCCAAAGUCCAGGUAGAAGCAAUCGAGGGCGGCGCGCUGCAGAAGCUCCUGGUUAUUCUGGCUACGGAACAGCUCCUGGCUGUCAAGAAGAAGGCUCUCUUCGCACUGUCCUCCAUGCUGAGACACUUCCCCUAUGCCCAGCAGCAGUUCCUCAAGCUGGGCGGCCUCCAGGUCCUCAGGAGCCUCUUCAGGCAGAAGGGGAUGGAGACCCUCCACGUCCGCGUCGUGACGCUCCUCUACGACCUCAUCGUGGAGAAGAUGCUGCUCGAGGACUCACAGCACGGAGAUCAAAUGGAAGAGAAAAUCCAGCAGUACCGGCAAGUCAAGCUGGUGCCGGCGGUGGUGGAGCAGGACUGGUGCGUGGUCGUUUCCAACCUGCUGGCCAUGCCCGAGCACGACACUCGGGAGAAGGUCCUGAAGACGGUGGGCGUGCUGAUGGCCUUCUGCAGGGAGCGCUACCGGGGGGACCAGGCCCUCAGCACCACCCUCAGCCUCCUGCGCAGCGAGUACGAGGAGCUGGCGGCGGAGGAGCAGAGGGAAGGCGACAAAGACGGCUACUUCAAGGAACUUCUCGGCUCUGUGAAUACCAUCAUUCAGGAAUUAAGAUGA